UCUCUCGUUUUGAUCUGGCUGGCCUUGUUUUCAACGAUGAGGUACUCAGGGGCAACACUCGCAGCUGGCGGGAUGUUCCUGGCAUUAAUAGUGCAGACGGCAGGAUUCCUGUGCCCGACUACGAUUAAUCCUCACUCCAGCGCGGCGCAUCGAGCUGUCGGGAGCGGCAGCACGAGUGCCUCGCCUGUCAGAAGGCAAAACGGCCGGGUGAAGCGGGAAGGGCGGAGGGGUGGUGGUGUCGUCGGCGGGGGGUCGAAGCACGUUCUCGGCGCACGACGACGAGACGACUUCUUGUACGACGACGACGAUGACGAUCUGUUCGAUGAUGACCUUGACGACAGGCGAGCUGUCGCUCCGCCGAGGAGAAAGAGGCCCAAGGUGCCGCUCUUGCCCACAACGCUCAGCAAGGCACUCAUAGCAGGCGUUUUUGUUUUGGGCAUCGGCACCGGGGUGACGGUAGACUCGGCAAUCAACACCGACCCCAGGGAUCUGGCGAGCCGCGACGCCAUCGACCGCAACGCGCCCAACCCCAACAUCUGUCAGACGUACGGGUCUAGUGCCAUGGUGGUGGACCAGCGCGUGUUCGUGACCUUCAACCCGUUCAGCUUGCACGUCUCGCAGGCGGACACCAAACCGGGUUGCGUGCUGCGAUCGUCCAACGUGGUGGAGGUUCUGCAGCGGAAGCGAGGGCUGCUGACCAACGAGGACGUGGAGAAGUGCAAGGGGGGCAUGAACACGUGGGGCUACGUGGGAGACCUGAACGACCACCCGCAGCUGUCCUGCGUAUACCAGAGCGACGACGCGCAAAACGAGUUCCUCUCCAAUCCUAAGUACGGAUUGGGCGAGGACGUGUACGACGAUGACCGGGCAGCCGCGGCAAAGAAGAGCGCUGGGAGCGAGCCCGCGAACGGCCCCCGCGUCAUGUCCGGGACUGUGCAGACCGUGGUGACGGAUAGGGCAAAAAUGUAGUGUCUUCACUUAUGAUAGUUGACGGUUUACUUUCCAAUCACGCUUGAAAAUUCGUGCAAUGGUAGUAGAGGUGUUUCAGUAUUUUUUGGGGGAGGGGUCGAGUCGCUUGUGCGUGGACUCCUGAGGCCGUAGCAAUGCGGGGUUGCACAACCGGUGCUGGAGGGAGUGAUGAGGUCCUAGCUGUUGCCAAGGCGUUGGUGACACGUGUUGAUGUACUGUACGGUAGUAGGUUUGUCCAUGCUUGUUGCUGUCUUGGAGGCUUUGCCAAUGGGUACGUUUCGUCCUGAGUCCUAAAGUUUUAUUUUCGGUCGUUGACAUUUGUCUAGACACCCAACGAGCAGCAGCGGCACCCUGUGUGUACUCCGAUGGCAUGUUGGGUAGCUCCGAGUCGAAGAAGUCACUGCUGUGAAAUACUUCAUUCUUUGCAGACGGCUUGUGCCUACCUUUCACGAAUUUUGUUUUGGUCCGGCCCUGUAUGUCAGCACGGCCGUCGCACCUGCGUCGUUCGUACACGCUGUGCACGAUGGCGGCGAAGCGCAGCCAACGAUGCAGCUUACUUGCGGGAUUCGAAACGGGAUAUGUUUCCUCUCUUUGCUGUUUUCGGAUGUUGCGGUCUGUAGAAUCGGACAUGGGUACCGCACGGUAGAACGACCAACCUGUUUCGAGU